AGAUGGAGAGGAGGAGAGGGAUCCAGGAGAGAGAGAGCAGGGAGGAAGGGGAGAAGGAGGUGGGGAGAGGGAAAGGGAGCCGGGAGAGAGCAAGCAGGUGCACGCGCAUGGAAAGAGACUGCAGGGAGGAGGGGGAGAAGGGAAGCAGCGAGAAAUCGAGCAGGCGCAGAGAGGAGAGAGAGAGCAGCGAGAAAUCAUGCAGGGAGGGGGAGGAGAAGAGCAGGGAGAAAUCGCACUGGCGCAGGGAGGAGGAGGAGAAGAAGAGCGAAAACAGGCGUACGUCGUCUUUGCAUCAUCAGCACUGCUCCUCUCAUCAUCGUCACCGGAAAGCAGCAUCACAGCCUCCGCCUCGCAGCAGCUACGCAGACGUAGACGGAGGAGCAGCAGAGAAAAUGGCAGCUGUUUUCAAAGGCAUGGCCUGAGUCUCAGCGCCAGACAGAAGUGGAGGCUGAGAUCCUGCAUCAUGGGGAACCAGGAGGGGAAGCAGAAGAAGGGGAAAGAGGGGGAAGGAUACGGACAGGACGUAGCAGAUCAUACCACCGGAGCGCCUCGUCACGCUGAUGGCACAAACAAAGGAUUUCACCAUGGCAAGAAAUCCCACGGAAAACAUGGCAAAGGAGGAGGGGGGGAGGAGAAGAAGAAGGAGUCUAAAUCCUCUGUGUUCUCUAUCAGGAAGAGGAAGAAUCUGAAGGGGAAGGGAUCGAUGGGGGGAUCCAGGGAGGACGUGUUGUCCUCUCAGAAUGAGCUGGACUCCGCUCACUCUGCUCUCACCAAAACACCAGACCUCUCUCUGUCAGCUGACGAGCUGGGCCAGUCUGACACCGAGGGACCGACAGAGCCUGGUGAUGGCCAUGGUGCUAGGAAUCAUGGUUGUGUCAGGACGGAGAGCUGGCAGCCCACGGGGGAGAGCCGGCAGCCCACGGGGGCCGCCACGGACACUGCUCCAGACCAGCAGGGGGAGGUUGAACAGAGAAAGAGGAGCAGCUCUGGUUCAGACGCAGACAUCUAUAGCUUUCACUCAGCUGCAGAACAAGAGGACCUGCUAGCUGACAUCCAGCAGGCUAUUAGACUACAGCAGGGGGUGAUUAUCUCCACCGCUGAGCUGAGUGAAGAGCGGGGUUGGGGAGGAGGAGGGUGGAGGAAACAGAGGUCUGACGAGGUUAUAACUACCCCCAGUCCCACUGAACAAACCCCACCAAUGGAGCCUCUCACUGCCCAAGAGGCAGCCCCCGUCACUGGCCAGGAGAACGGCCUGCUUUCUAAACUGUCUCUGUCCCUGGAGGCAGAGGAGGAGGAGAGGGGAGAAACCACUGCUAUAGAUGAACUAAACUGGGAGCUGAGAGGGGUUGAAACAGAACUGGCCCUUUGUGCCUCCUCUUUCUCUGGGACAAAGGAGGAGGAGGAGGCAUUGAGCUGCCAGGAGGUGAACGGUAACACUCAGCCCCUCUCUCAGCCCCCCACAGCCCAGACGAACGGCCAUGUUACCAAGACAACCAGCGCUACCAGCUUCCCAGACCUCACAGCCUCCUUUGAGAGUGCUGUGGAGUCUCCUCUCAGAGAGGAGAAGGAGGUGUUGGAGGAGGUGGAGGAAAGGGAGGAGGAGGAGAAUGAUCUGGACAUGCCUCCCCUGUCAGCCGAGAGCCUUAGUCACAGUGAUGAGACCACGAGCCACGAGGACAUAGACCUGAGCUCUGGCAACGCCUCCGAGGCAGAGGGGAGGGUGGGGGACUGGGUGGGGGCAGGUGUGGGGGCUGCAGUCAGCGUUGAGUCCCUGGAGUGUCUUAGCAGGGGGGAUCUGAGGUGCUCUGAGCCUGCCGACGACCCCCUGAUCACCCAGAGGAGGAAGAGCAGUGUGUCCUUCUCCCCUAUGCCCUCUCAGGAGAGCCCUAGCCUGGCCACGCGUCUCCUCAAGUCCACCCUAACCUCCACCCUUCCAUCCUACAACCACUCCUCCUCAGGCACCAGCCCCACAGUCAAACCCUACCCUCCCAUUUACCCUUCUUACAUCAAAACCACCACCAGGCAGCUCUCUGGCUCCCCAGGCACCUCUCCCUCACAGAGCCCCUUGUUCCGCCGGCGCUGCCACGACCUGGGACACCGCACGGAGAAGUGGAGGGUUAGACGACAGCGCUCCCACAGCAUCGCUGGUCCCCUCAGCUGGUCCGCGGACUGGACCGAGGAGUUGGAGAGGGAGCGCCCAGCCAAGGCAGGAUCAGCAGACUACCUGGAGGGGUACGGAGGGUCAGAGGACAGGCUGAGGGGGGGCAGUCAGCCCCUGUGUGCCACGAGGAGAUCUUCCACCGGACAGGUGUCUACCUGCAGCUUCCACGACAUCUUCACCGGUCGUACUCUCCUAGAGAAGUUGUUCCUACAGCAGGAAGAUGCCCAGCCAGAGGAAGCUGAGAAGCUGUGUUCUAGGAUUCUGGCCAUGGGACUGUUACUACCCUUUACUGACUGCUUCAGAGAGACAAUAGGAGGGUCCAACCCACAACUCACUGCGCCAUGCAAGUUCCACCAAGACCAGCUGUACACGUGGGCAGCGGUCAGCCAGCCCCCCCACUCCAUGGAACACUUUGAGGGCCGGGCCCCCCUCCCUGGGCAUCUGAAGACCCUGUGGCCCCCACCCAGACCUGUGGGAGAUGAUAGCCCAGGCCUCAUGUACACGGAAGAGGAGGGCGAUGAAGAACACCAGGCAGCCAUCCUGGGGCUGAAGAGACAUCAGAGAGAAGAAGUCGGCCAACUUCAGGAGGAGUCCGUGCUGAAAACAGUGAAGCUGAAAGAGGAGCACGUCAACGUGAUCCAGCAGUUAGAACAGACCAUUGAGGACCUGAGGACUAAGAUAGCUGAGCUGGAGGAACAGCACCCCCUGCUGGACAGAGACAGUAUUACCAUUAAGGAGCCAGAGAGCAGUGUGGAGGGGAGUCUGUACAGGGAGGUCUGUCAUGUAGACCUACAGACUGAGGAGAGGAUGACGAAGGAGGUCGGUAAUGUAGACCUACAGACUGAGGAGAGGAUGACGAAGGAGGUCUGUAAUGUAGACCUACAGACUGAGGAGAGGAUGACGAAGGAGGUCUGUAAUGUAGACCUACAGACUGAGGAGAGGAUGACGAAGGAGGUCUGUAAUGUAGACCUACAGACUGAGGAGAGGAUGGCGAAGGAGGUCUGUCAUGUAGACCAACAGACUGACUGUCUCCUGAGUUGUCUGGAGGCCAAGUCUGUCCAGACGUCGCCUAUGGAGGAAAGCUUUAAGUUUAAAGUGCCUUUACCGGACCAGAUGCUGCCACCCUUGUUUGUGAACGAGGAUGAAGGAGGGUCCUCUCUGUCUUCGUCCUGUCCCAUUAAUCUCCCCCCAGAACUGGCCCUGUCACUACCCAUACCCUUCUCCCCCAAGGCCGCACCAGCGUUUGUCUGUACGUGCCAACAGCAGCAACAGAGGGGCAUUAAACCUCCACCUCCUUUACCUGGUCACUCCAUGGCUCCUCCUCCACCACCACCUCUACCAGGGGGUGCAAUGCCCCCACCACCUCCUCCACCUCCUCUACCAGGGGGUGCAAUGCCCCCACCUCCACCUCCUCUACCAGGGGGUGCAAUGCCCCCACCUCCACCUCCUCUACCAGGGGGUGCAAUGCCCCCACCUCCACCUCCUCUACCAGGGGGUGCAAUGCCCCCACCUCCACCUCCUCUACCAGGGGGUGCAAUGCCUCCACCUCCUCUACCAGGGGGUGCAAUGCCUCCACCUCCUCUACCAGGGGGUGCAAUGCCUCCACCUCCUCUACCAGGGGGUGCAAUGCCUCCACCUCCACCACCUCUACCAGGGGGUGCAAUGCCCCCACCACCACCACCUCUACCAGGGGGUGCAAUGCCCCCACCACCACCACCUCUAUCAGGGGGUGCAAUGCCCCCACCACCACCACCACCACCCCCUCUCCCUGGCAUGGGGAUGGCACCUCCCCCUCCCUUACCUGGGAUGAUAGGGAUGGGCCCUCCCCCACCCCCUCCAACAUUACCUGGGAUGGUUGGACCUCCUCCUCCUCCUCCCCCUCCUGGCUGUGGCCCUCCUCCACCAUGUGCCCUGGGCUCCCUGGUCCCUCCUUUGCCCAUGGGACUGUAUGCUCUAAGCAUGGCGCAGGAGAAACCUCCCCGGAAAGGAGUGGUGGAGCCUCCCAGACCCAUGAAGCCUCUCUACUGGACCAGGAUACAGCUCAACUCGGCUCAACACAAAAAAGAGGUGAGCACGUCGCUGGUCUGGGACAAGAUACAGGAGCCUGACGUGGACUUUGAGGAGUUCGUAGAGCUGUUCUCCAAGACUGCUGUGAAAGAGAAGAAGAAACCCCUGUCAGAUACCAUCACCAAGUCUAAAGCCAAACAGGUGGUCAAGUUGCUGAACAACAAGCGUUCUCAGGCUGUGGGGAUUCUGAUGUCCAGUCUGCAUCUGGACAUGAAGGACAUCCAGCAUGGUGAGAUAAUGACCCCAUAGCUCUAUCAUUACAACACUGCUGACCAGUAGCAGUCUGUAGACCUGACUGUCAGACUCCCUGCUGACCAGUAGCAGUGUGUAGACCUGACUGGCAGACCCCCUGCUGACCAGUAGCAGUCUGUAGACCUGACUGUCAUACUGACCUCCUAGUCAUACUGUCAGAUUUAGAGGGAGAGGACAUGGAUAUGACCUCCCAGACAUGCUGUCAGAUUUAGAGGGAGAGGACAGUGAGUGGAUGGAUACGACCUCCUAGACAUACUGUCAGAUUUAGAGGGAGAGGACAGUGAGUGAAUGGAUACGACCUCCUAGACAUACUGUCAGAUUUAGAGGGAGAGGACAUGGAUACGACCUCCUAGUCAUACUGUCAGAUUUAGAGGGAGAGGACAGUGAGUGGAUGGAUCGACUGUUAUUUUUGUACAAAAAAAGGCAUUUCCUUCAGUUUUGAUGAUGGUGUUUUUUUUGUGUCAACGAGAGAGUUGUCUUGUUUCCUUGUUGUUCUCUGACCUUUUGAGUUGUUGGCUGUUUGGGUUUCUGUCAUUGUUUAGAAGCAGACGUGUUUUGAAGUCAAAGUUCCCCUUGGCUUUCUGGAAGCAGUGACCUCAUUUCCUUUCUGUCCUUGUGGUAAUAGUACUAGAAACGUUCUGAGCGAAUAAUGCAAGAAAUUAUACCCCCCCCAAAAAAUAAAUACUGCUACUUUGUCCAGGACACGGGGCGAACUGUCUGACGGUGUCAUCUCGUCACACUUCCUGUGAUCACAUUGGCCGCAAGAAAGAGAUCAAUGAGACCCUUUCUUUCCUCUGUCUGUUAUCUGAAUCCAGAACAUUUCGUCAAAGGAUUAUAUAGUGGGG